GUGAACGAAAGACUAACACUCGCGCCUUGCAGUCACAACCAUCAAUGGAUUUCGAAGAAGAAGAAGAGGAAGUUCUCUCAUCUUCUGAUCCUGGUGACUCUAGCGAGGAUUUCACCGUUGACGGCGACAACGAGAAAGACGAUGAUUUCGAGGACAACGAGGACGAUGAUGACAGCGGGGACAAUGAACAAUGCGGAGAGAACUCUGCGUCGUCCGAUGAAGAACGGAAAUCGAAGAACGUUGAUGCUCUGGUGAGAGGUGACCUUGUCAUUAAAAGACAGUCACUACUUCCUCGAGUUCUUUCGGUGUCGGAAGGGGCAGCAGUAUGUAGGAAACCCUUCAAGCCUCCUUGCUUGAAUGGCUAUAGCAGUUGCAAUGACCAGCUUGCCCGUCGUCUCUCUGCUCGCAAAAGAUUUGUCCCUUGGGGCUCUUCAAGGGCAGUGUUGGUUGAAGUAACUAGCCAAUUGAACUUACCAAGUAUUGUUGAGAAAAAUGUGGUGGAGGAAAGGGUGACUCUGCCUGCUGGUAUUGAUCCUCUGGUAUUGUGGCAGCCUGAAGAUUCUGAGAAUGGAGAGAGUGGUCUAGUGCCAAUUGUGGUUGAUCCAUUGCUUGUUCGUUUUCUGCGCCCCCAUCAAAGGGAGGGGGUUCAAUUCAUGUUCGAAUGUGUUUCUGGUCUUUGUAGUACAGCAAAUAUCAAUGGAUGCAUCCUUGCUGAUGAUAUGGGUUUGGGAAAGACAUUACAGUCAAUCACAUUAUUAUAUACUCUUCUACGUCAAGGAUUUGACAAUAAACCAAUGGUCAGGAAGGCCAUCAUUGUCACACCAACAAGUCUUGUGAGUAAUUGGGAGGCCGAAAUUAAGAAGUGGCUUGGGGAGAGAGUUCAGCUUGUAGCUCUUUGUGAAAGCAGUAAAGAUGAUGUUAUCUAUGGAAUUGAGAGUUUUACCCAUCCACACAGCUCUUUGCAGGUGCUGAUUGUUUCAUAUGAGACAUUCAGCAUGCAUUCGUCAAAAAUUAGCCAAAGUGAAUCCUGUGAUCUUCUUAUAUGCGAUGAGGCUCAUAGACUGAAAAACGACCAAACUCUAACAAACCGAGCAUUGGCUUCUCUCUCAUGCAAACGCCGGAUCUUGUUGUCAGGGACUCCAUUGCAGAAUGACCUAGAAGAGUUUUUUGCCAUGGUCAACUUCACAAAUCCAGGAAUCUUAGGUGACGCUGCAUACUUUCGACGUCACUAUGAGACACCAAUUAUAUGUGGAAGAGAACCUGCUUCUGCUGAAGAAGAGAAAAGGUUAGGGGUUGAGCGCACUGCAGAACUUAGUGCUAAAGUGAAUCAGUUUAUUCUGAGAAGAACUAAUACAUUGCUCUCAAAUCACUUGCCUCCAAAGAUAAUUGAAGUAGUUUGCUGCAAGCUGACAUCUCUCCAGUCCGAUUUGUACAAUCAUUUUAUACAUUCAAAAAAUGUUAAGCGGGCAAUAAUUGAAGAAACAAAACAGUCGAAGAUUUUGGCUUAUAUUACAGCUCUUAAGAAGCUCUGCAAUCAUCCAAAGCUAAUCUAUGAUACAAUAAAAAGUGGCAGUCCAGGGACUACAGGAUUUGAAGAUUGCAUACGGUUCUUCCCACCAAAUAUGCUCUCAGGAAGAUCUGGAUCAUGGAGUGGGGGUGAUGGUUCAUGGGUGGAACUAUCUGGUAAAAUGCAUAUCUUAGCCCGGUUACUGGCUCAUCUACGUCAGAGAACUGAUGACCGAAUUGUUCUUGUCUCAAACUAUACUCAGACACUGGAUCUCUUUGCUCAAUUGUGCCGUGAAAGAAGAUAUCCGUACUUAAGGCUUGAUGGAACAACUUCAAUGAGAAAGCGACAGAAGUUAGUUAAUCGCUUUAAUGACCAAUCUAAGGAUGAGUUUGCAUUUCUCCUUAGCAGCAAGGCAGGUGGUUGUGGCCUUAACCUAAUUGGUGGCAAUCGGCUUGUCUUAUUUGAUCCUGAUUGGAAUCCUGCUAAUGAUAAGCAAGCUGCUGCAAGAGUUUGGAGAGAUGGUCAAAAGAAGAGAGUAUACAUCUAUAGAUUUUUAAGUACAGGAACAAUCGAAGAAAAGGUAUACCAGCGUCAAAUGUCAAAAGAAGGGCUUCAAAAGGUUAUUCAGCAGGAGCAGACUGAUAGCUUUACGACACAGGGGAAUUUUCUAUCAACAGAAGAUUUACGAGAUCUAUUCUCAUUUCAUGAGAAUAACACAGUAGACAUUGGCUUGGCAUCAGAUUGUUAUGAGAUUGUUAACAUGUCUGGGAAGGAGGUCACAUUUGUUUUCACAAACCAAAUAGAUGGAAAGCUUGUACCUCUUGAAUCAAAGGUAAGUCCAAAGACACAGGGAGUAGAAGCAAAUGAGAGCAGAGGGAACUUCAAGCGAGACAUGGACUGUAAGUUAGAUUUAUCAUCUCAAGUUCGAAAGCCACUAGAGCCUGUUUCUUCCAAUGGAAAUGCCAUGGAUAUGGCUUUCUCUACUUCUAAGCUUUUGAAAGUUAAUACUAGUAUUAGAUCAAUUAGAACUUCUACAAAAGGCGCAAUACAAACAACAAUAAAGCCUAGACUUUCUCUUGGAAAUAAUUUACCCAUAAAAAGAUUAUCUUCUGAUAUUAUCGGGGUAGAUGAUGAUUUUCAAUGAACCUUUUUGCAGCUCACUCAUUGAAUUGAUAUAAUAUUUUUUAAAUGCUUACAAGUUCUCUCCCGGCA